CAGAAAUCUACAGCUUAAUUCUCUACCAUAUUUCCAUUUUGCCUCCUGUCUUUGCCUCUCUCUACUUCGCCAGCCCCAAUACUCUGGAACGGCCAGUCACGUGGUGAUAGGCGAUAAGCCCAACUCCACGCGCUUUGACCUCCCCAAACUCCGGCACCUCCGUCCCAUACAGCUCAGCUUCACCCCAUUGAACAAUCCAGGCACCCUCCCUUAGAUAAACCACGUUUGAUAUCCAUAUCCUUCUAUAUUAAUAUAUACCCCAAAUACAAAUUACCAUUUAUACAAUCCAAACAAUUACAUAUAUACUGCUAUCCAAAUGCCACCCGUCGAUCCAAAUACUUCUCAACCUCUUCCUCCACCUGCCGAAGCUAUAUCCUCCGCAUCAUCACCACUUGUCGAAAAGCCUCAAGUUCCCCAACAAUCCGAACCCAGCCCUCGAAGACCAUCAAACCCAUCACGCCAUUCAGUCGCACAGGAUGAGAAUCCAACUUCUUCGAAUCCGAGUUUAAACCCGCCUUCUCGCUCAAAAAUACACACAUCUGGUACUUUCGCCCACCGCACUUCAAUACUACCAGAUCAACCCAGUUCGGACCAUUCCAACAACCCACGUAAACGCGAUGAUGACCCACAUGAGCAUGAUCACCAGGACCAGGACCAGGACCAGGACCAGCAUGAUGCACCACCUUCCCACCCUUCUCUGAUUCCCGACCAAGAACAAGAACCAGAACCAGAACCAGACCAAGAUACCCAACCUCCAAGACCCAACUUCACUCCCGUCUUCACAGUCAUAACCGACGCGCACACGGGCGAACACUACCAUCCACACGUCCACUACAUAUUUUCCGACGACACGAGCGAUCUCAUCACUGCUGCAUCCCUACGGACGCUAUCCUCAGCAAGCCCAAUCCGGUCUCCAUUAGGCGGUGCAAGUGGAGACGUGGGCGAAGCCGAGGGGGGCGCUCCAACCGAUCAAACAUAUGACGAGGGAAUAGAAGGAAAUAACCCAGAGAAUGUAGAAGAAUCGUCUUCUGUCUCGCCAUUACCGCCGCGCAAUCCGGCCGUUGACGAGCGGUACAUUGUACUUGACUUGAAUGGGUCAGGCGAUGGUGUGUCAAGCGCGCAGAGUUUAUCCUCUGCAUGGGCAGUCUCGAGUGCAGCGUUGACGCCGGCGCCUACGUGGGAUGAUCCUCCUGUGGCAGGAGGAAGUGGUGUUGGAGGCGGCAGUGCAGGGGGCGGGGCAGGCGAGCAACAAGGCGCUAGUGGGACGGGAAACAAUGGCGGGUUAAUGUUGAAGAUUGAGGGCACGUCGGGGAUCGAUGACCAGUCGCUUGAUCGUGGAGAGGAUGAGCUACAGGAUUUAGUCGGUCUGUAUGAGCGACGAUUAGGCGAACUGAAACGGUUAGUUGAAGCUGGUGGGCCAGGGACAGGCUCAGGGGUAGGGACAGGGACAGCGGGACCGGAACACCGAUAGUUGGUGCAGCUGUUGGGAAACCGUAGUGAGGAUGGAUAGAAGGUGUGAAGGAAAGAGGUAGGUGAAGAGGGAAGGUCACUCGUCAAUUGAUGUAUCACGACAUGUUACGUUACACUUGUGCAAAAGGGACACGGGGAGAGAGAGAUUAUCACUUUGCAAAAGGUUGGUAAACACGUCGUCUUUUUGAAAAUAAUCUAGCAUAUGCCCGCGGAAACGGGUCGGAGUUAAAACUGCCAUCUAUCUUAUGUAUGUCGGGCAUAUUUUGUUUUAGUUUGGGCUAGAAGAGAAUAUCAAUACCCAUGACUUAUCCCUCGAGUAUCUUGCGCCCAUGCGAAGAAACAGGAAUAAUAAAAGACAGCUAAAAUCACAAACACGUCGGCCUUUAGAAAAAAAUAAUCACGCAAGUGGGCCAGCGUUCAAAACGCAGCCGCAGCC